AUGGGGGUAAGAGUGAAGAAGGUAGUGUGGCUGGACAGGGACAUACUUGAAGGUGUCUCUGUUAGGAUUUACCCAGGGAUUUGGUGUGAGACUAGGACCAACCCCAAGAAUGCCUGUUAGAUUUUAUCCUGAGCAGCGGGUGCAGAGCUGUGCUGUGUCCAGGGACUGGGAGGAGUCGAGGAAGGAAACCAGAGCCCUGCCGGCGAACUCCCGGUUAGGAAGUGUGCUGCCUGCCCCUCUUUCCUUGUUUUCAAUUUUAGCCAUGUUGAAUUCACACAUGGCCUUUGCUUUUCCAUGCUCUCUUGUGCCCUGAGAACUUUCUCCCUUGCCUGUCUUCUGUGGGUACCUCUUGCUCAUUCUUCAGGUGUCGGCUCAAGAUUCACUCCUUCACAGAGGUUUCCCUAGCUGUGUUUGGGUUCUCCAGAGAGACGAAUCAGACGUGAGUAUGGCAGUGUGACUCCAGUGCUGGUGCCAGUCCCCAGGUCCAAAGGCUGGAGAAACCAGGUUCUGAUGUCUGAGGCAGGAGGAGAGGCGUGUCCCAGCUCCGGGAGAGAGCGUGCAGUCGCCUUUCCUCUGCCUUUUUGUUCUGUUAGGGGCCUCGGCCUCCUGGGUGGUGCCCGCCCUCGUUGGGGGAGCGUCUUGCCCACUUGGUCCAGCCACGCACUUGCCAGUCUCCUCUGGAAACACCUCACAGAUGCACCCAGACAUGACGUGUUCCCAGCGCCCAGGGCAUCCCCAAAUCCAGAUACAACACAAAGAACAUCCAGAAGUCAGAGGGCACAGAGGAGAAAGGCACUGCCUCCUAGGACAGAGAAAAUGGCUGUUGACCAGGACUGGCCCAGCGUGUACCCCGUUGCAGCGCCGUUUAAGCCCUCUGUAGUCCCUCUUCCUGUUCGCAUGGGUUAUCCAGUGAAAAAGGGUGUGCCCAUGGCAAAGGAGGGCAAUCUAGAACUUCUGAAGAUCCCCAAUUUUCUGCAUUUGACUCCUGUAGCGAUUAAAAAGCACUGUGAAGUUCUUAAAGAUUUCUGCACGGAGUGGCCAGCCGCACUUGACACUGAUGAGAAAUGUGAGAAGCAUUUUCCAAUUGAAAUUGACACAGCUGCCUACGUUUCAUCAGGACCGUCCAUUCGCAACCCCAAGGCACGAACAGUAACCUUAAGGGUUAAACUUUCCAGUUUGAAUUUAGAUGAUCACGCAAAGAAGAAAUUGAUUAAACUUGCAGGAGAACGAUACUGCAAGACCAGUGAUGUGCUGACCAUCAGAACAGACAGGUGUCCUUUAAAGAGACAGAAUUACGACUAUGCAAUAUAUCUACUAACAGUUUUAUACCAUGAGUCUUGGAAAACUGAAGAAUGGGAAAAAUACAAAAGUGAGGCAGACAUGGAGGAGUAUGAAUGGAAAAAUAGCUCCUCAGAAAAAAAUAUCCUGGACACGCUUCUGCAGAUGAGAGCCGCUGAGAAGACAAGCGCCAGUGGAGAGGAGCUCCUGGCCACCAAGGAAGUGGACGAUUACAGGCGGUCUGUUGUCAGUCUGAAGAAUGAGGGCGACAGCGAGAAGACCCUUUCUCAGUACAAAGAAUCCGUGAAGAGACUGUUGAACUUGACGUGAAUUGUGAAGUAGAAGAAUCUGCUUGCUUUGUUAAUUUUGUGGCAUGUGUAAUCAAGACUUCAUUUAAUAUAAAAUUGAAAAUGUUAAACCAUU